GCCGCCAGACAUAGCCGUGAGUUUGUAGCUAGCGGUGCAGCGUCGCAUCUCUCCUGCAGCAUCAGCAUCACCUGCCCUUCCUCAUCCUCCUCUUCCUCCAGCUUGCUGCUGCGACUGCUGGUUCUUCCUCUUCCCUUGGAGCAACACACACGCAUACGCACACGCCGCUGCAGCACAGGACCUGCCGACGAGGACGCUAGGAUACACAAGAUGGUGAAAUUAGGGAGUAAUCUUCAGGACAAAGGGGCCAAAGUGGUGUCCGUGGAGGACGGCUUUCAAAAUGUGCCCCUCAUCACUCCCCUGGACGUGGGCAGCCUCCAGAGCCAAACCCCUGACAAGGUGGUGGUGAAAACCCGCACAGAGUACCAGACAGAGAAGAAGAGGCUGAAGGUUCCCAAAGUAGACGAGUUCACCAUCAGCUUCACCGACGGCGUGUCUGAGAGACUUAAGGUGACCAUCUUGAUCAUCCUGGCCUUGGCCUUCCUCGCCUGCAUUGUGUUUCUGGUGGUUUACAAAGCCUUCACCUACGAUCACGCCUGCCCAGAUGGAUUCCUCUAUAAGCACAAGCGUUGCAUCCCCGCCUCGCUGGAGGCGUACUACGCCGCGCAGGACGCCAACUCCAGGGGGCGCUUCUACACGGUGAUCAGCCAUUACAGCAUGGCCAAGCAGACCACCUCGCACUCUCUCUCACCCUGGCUGCCUGGCGGGGCUGGGGGGCAGCCGCACGACACCAAACCCCCGAGCGGUGAGGGUCACUGAACGCACACACACACACACACACACACACACACACACACACACACACACACACACACACACACGCGCGCGCGGAUAGAGUGUCAUUAGGGCCUUUAGAGUGCAUGCAGACAUUAAACCAUUGACUGUUGCAAUGAUUUUGUCAUUGUUGUUAAAACUUACUUACACACACACACAAUUACUCCAUGCAGUUAAAUUAUUAUAAUUUAUUGACUGUCAAUGACUUUUUUUUACAGUAGCGUGUGGAUGUUUUGUAUGUGUGUCAAUCACUCAACUCCUCCUGUACUGUAAACUCCACACUAUUUGUAUGUACAGUAUUAUAUACGCUGAACUUCAUAUAUACACAUUGAUGACGAGCCAUGUCCUUUACUGCCUCUGCUGUCCAAAGUGUGCAACUGCAGGCAUGAUCCCCUUAACUAAAACAUUGCCUAAAAGUGAGCUUUUUCUCCUGUUUCUACAUCUUCGAAGAAAUGUGCUUGCUUUUUUCUCCCCCGUCGCAAUAGUGUCGAUUGUUUAUUUGUCAAUUCUAAAUAUACUUACCGUAUAACUUUUCUGAGCGAGCAAAAAGAAUAGCAACUUUUUCCUGUGUUUCAUACGUUUAUGUGCAGGCUUUGUUUGACCGCAGCGUCAAGAGUGCUUUCUAUCAGCCGUUGUGAUGUUGUCUGUUCAUACAGUAAUGUAGCGACACUGUAAUUAUGAACCCCUGUGCAACCCUCCACCUCUUCUCUUGGUUCAAAUAAAAAAAUAAAACACACGAAGUCUGUUAUUGUACCAAAAUACAACU